UCUUGUAUCGUGAUUUUGCAUUUGCGUUGUGAUUUAACUUUGUUUUCUAUUUUUGGCUUUUAUAAUGGGGAGAGUUUUGCAUCAAAUUUUCUUAUUUGAUCUUUUAAAUCAUUAUUUCGAUGAUUUCCAGAACUGACAAACUUUAACUAACCUUCCGUUCGACACCUUUUUAAAUUGAAGUAAUGGACUAUCUCUAUUAAUGCUAAAUGUGAAAGUUGUCUUAUCUAUCUUUAUAAAUUGAUAUUUUCGGCUGUGAAGUCCCAUGUUGUUGUUGCAGUGGAGCGAACGUUUUGUGUAUCUUGAUUGUCUAAUUAUUAGUUUUAUGAUGGUUCCCUAUGUGUGUUAACUAACUAUGUCAGUACUCUUGCUCACAAAUUGAGUAUUAACUCGGUUUGGUAUGAGUGAGUGGUUUUGAUUUAUUUAUUAUUUUUUUUUUGGGUGAUGGAACUGCUACUUGUGUGGAUAUUGAGGAAGAUGGGCGAAUAUUGUAGUAGAAAAAAGGAGAUCGUACCUGCAUAUUUUUUAUAGUCUUUGAACUGGAAGGCCCUGGCAUCAGCCGGGCCUAGUUCAUUCAUCAGCUGACCCUGGCAAGAUUUUGCUCCAAAGGAUGGUUUUAGAGUCUAUUAUUAUGGCUAGAUGUAUUGACUGUUGGGGGUCCUUUAAUUUCGUUAAAAAUUUUGAUCAUUUGUUUCAUGAUGCAUAGACUGGGAAUGGGCAUUUCAGAUUCUUCUCCGUUCUUACUAUAUCAUGAUUGCCAUUGUUUCCAUUUGAAUGGACAGCUCGAAUGGAGAGGUGCUAUGCAUAAGGAAAUUAGUCAUUUCAACUGGAUAUCCUAGUCUUCUAAUUAGCGUUUUCUCUGUUAUUUCUGUGCUUCUUAGAGGGAGCAAAACAUAUUCUUCUGAUGUCCCAAGAUAUGUCUGGUGCUGACUUACACCAGAAGAGACAGAGACUAUUGAAAGACCAAGUCAGGCUUGCUAGGAGAAAGGACUGUGAUCGCUAUGAGAUUGUUCCAAUUCAACAGACUUAUACUUUUGAGAAAGGGUUCUUUUUAUUUAUACGAGCAUGCCAAUUGCUAGCGCAAAACAAUGAUGGAAUAAUACUAGUAGGUUUAGCAGGCCCUUCUGGGGCUGGGAAGACUGUUUUCACAGAGAAGGUACUCAACUUCAUGCCCAGUGUUGCUGUCAUAUCAAUGGACAACUACAAUGAUGCUAGCCGAAUUGUUGAUGGCAAUUUUGAUGAUCCACGGCUAACUGAUUAUGACACAUUGCUUAAGAAUGUACAAGAUUUGAGGGAAGGAAAAUCAGCUGAAGUUCCAAUCUAUGAUUUCAAGUCUAGCACUCGUAUUGGGUACAGGACGGUUGAAGUCCCGACUUCUCGUAUAGUGAUUAUUGAGGGGAUUUAUGCUUUAAGUGAAAAACUGCGACCUAUGCUAGACCUGCGAGUAUCAGUUACAGGGGGAGUUCAUUUUGACCUUGUAAAACGGGUUCUACGGGACAUCCAACGUGCUGGCCAAGCACCAGAAGAAAUUAUCCAGCAGAUAUCUGAAACGGUAUAUCCAAUGUACAAAGCUUUUAUUGAGCCAGAUCUUCAAACCGCACAUAUAAAAAUCAUAAACAAAUUCAAUCCCUUCUCUGGAUUCCAGAGUCCUACUUAUAUAUUAAAGUCAGCAAGGAAGGUGACGGUGGAUCAGAUCAAGGCUGUUCUCUCUGAAGAUCAUACAGAGACAACAGAGCAGACUUACGAUAUCUAUCUUCUCCCACCGGGUGAAGAUCCCGAAUCUUGCCAGUCAUACCUCAGAAUGAGGAAUAAAGAUGGAAAAUAUAAUCUUAUGUUUGAGGAAUGGGUAACAGAUGCUCCAUUUGUCAUAUCACCAAGGAUCACUUUUGAAGUCAGUGUACGGCUUCUUGGUGGGUUGAUGGCCCUGGGAUAUACAAUAGCGACCAUACUUAAAAGAAGCAGUCAUGUAUUCGUUGAUGACAGAGUGUGUGUGAAAGUUGAUUGGCUAGAACAACUAAAUCGUCAAUAUAUUCAGGUACAAGGAAGAGAUCGCGUGGCUGUCAGAAUUGUUGCAGAACAGCUAGGUUUGGAAGGCUCAUAUGUUCCACGUACCUAUAUAGAACAAAUUCAGCUGGAAAAGCUUGUAGAUGAGGUUAUGGCUUUACCAGAUGAUCUGAAGACAAAGCUCAGCCUGGGUGAGGAUUUAGUCUCAAGCCCCAAAGAAGCUCUUCUGCGAGCCUCUGCUGAUAGGGUUGCCAUGAGAAAUAAGAACCUCAAAAGUGGUAUGUCACAUUCAUAUUCCAGUCAAAUGGAUAAGAACUUGGCCAAGCUUUCUGUUCUUUCUGCAAACAACCAGAGGUAUGAUGAGAGAAAUCCAGAUUCACAAGCAAUGGUAGCAAAUCAGGGAAUCCUCGCUCAGCUUUCAGAACAGAUUUCCUCUCUAAAUGACAGAAUGGAUGAGUUCACAACCCGUAUAGAAGAGCUAAAUUCCAAGUUCAAUAUCAAUAAAAAUUCUCAUAGCCAACAAAACUUGGCUCUGCAAGCUGAAGCGUGUAAUGGCUCUGCUCCAACUUCUUACUUCAUCUCCGGUUUAACAAAUGGUUCCUUAACUGGAACCAAACUACCUAAUUCUUCAUCUUUCUCCCAGUUGGCUAAGGAGUCACCUUUCAUUGAAGAGAUAUCUAGCAUUACACGGGGACAACGUCAAGUCAUGCAUCAAUUAGAUACUUUAAGUAAUCUUCUUCGAGACAGUGUAGGGGAGAGAUCUCGACAAGCAAGGACAAGCAGGAGAAGCAUGAUCAUGGAUUCUGAAAUCACGAGAGCUGCUCUCAUUAUGUCAAUUGGUGUUAUCGGAUUCAGUUUGUUGAGGAGGAUUUUCUAGUCGAAAAUCGGUUACAGUAGAUUUACAUUUUUGUUUCUUUCUUUAGACCUUCAGAAUUUUGGAUAUUUUCUCUUUAGGGUCCCAUUAGUUUUCUGUUAUGUUACCCUUCUGCACGGCCAAAAUCAAAUGGAUGAUCCUUGAGUUAUUUUGUUUGUAGGUGUUGGAGGCAAAUUGCCUUCCCAGUAAGAAGGGUAAUUUUUCUUUUUUAAUGGGAGCCUUGUUAGCUUUUAUAUAUAUAAAGAGUUUUCAAAUGAGUAAAAAUCAACAGAUUACAAUCAA